CGCGAGGUGCUCGCAUGGCAUCAGCACGGCACGCGUAACAGCAGACGCUUCUUCCUGCGCGCCGAAACCGUUUGCCGCCGCUGAAACCUGUCGGUAAUCCAAAAUUUCCGUCAGCUGUUAAUAAUGGCAUCGUACUUCGAUGAGCACAACUGCGAGCCACUGGGACCAGGAGAGCAACCGGACCACCUUCUUCAUCUGGCAAGACUGCUCAUUGACGGUGGAUUCGGAGCCAGCUUCGAUAUGGAGUACCAAAGGAUAUUUCCCGACCAGCCACACAAGCCGCCAGCGUCCAAGCAUGCAAUUCAGUCACUCAAACGGGAGCCUGUUGCAGAAACAGGUAAAAAGUGCCCCAUCUGCUUGAAGGAAUUUGGCAACAAAGAAGUUGUGACAGAGCUGCCCUGCUGCCACUUCUUCCACGAUGACUGCAUAGUUCCAUGGCUGAAAUUGGUGAACACUUGUCCAGUGUGUCGGCAUGAGCUACCCACGGACGACCCCAACUAUGAGGAACUGAAGGCCCAGAAGGAACGAAUGAAGCAGCGCCAACAGGCCAUUGAAGAACUCCACAACUCCAUGUUUGGAUGACUAAAUCAGCUUUUACUGGAACAGUGAAAAGAAAU